GCGCGCGGGGGAACCCCCCCUUCCCGUCCUCCUUGGGGUCGACCGGUCUGCCUGCCCAGAUCCGCUGCCGAGCCCGGAUCGGAGGCGACAGUGCGGCCAAGUGGGCGCGGCCGGCACGAGCUGGGGGGCAGGGUGCCCGGGGCAGGGGGGCGGUGACCCGGGACAGUGCAGGCGGGAGAACAGACCCGCGGACCUCAGAGGGGAAUCUGAGAGCUCAGACCGUGAACGGACGUGAAACUGGCCAGGGCUGGGGGCCAGAAACUGGUCAGCGCUUCGGGGCUCAACUAAGCGGACGCCAGAGUGUUCUCCGGUGGCGCGGGGGAGCAGGUGAACAGGUCCUCACUCCCAGCUCCACGCCCUCACGCGCUCUCGCCCGGGCCCCGGCUCCCGUCCGCAGCCAUGGGCCCCGGCCCCAGCCGCGCCGCCCGCGUCCUACGCUCGAUGCUCUGCGCGCUCGCCUUGAUGGUGGCCGCCAGCGACCGCGUCGCCUCCGCCUUCAACCUGGACACGCGAUUCCUGGUGGUGAAGGAGGCCGGGAACCCGGGCAGCCUCUUCGGCUACUCGGUCGCCCUCCAUCGGCAGACGGAGCGGCAGCAGCGCUACCUGCUCCUGGCUGGCGCCCCCCGGGACCUUGCUGUGCCUGAUGGCUAUACCAACCAGACCGGUGCUGUGUACCUGUGCCCACUCACUGCCCACAAGGACGACUGUGAGCGGAUGGACAUUGCAGAGAAAAGUGACCCUGACCAUCACAUUAUUGAGGACAUGUGGCUCGGGGUGACUGUGGCCAGCCAGGGCCCUGCAGGCAGAGUCCUGGUCUGUGCCCACCGCUACACCCAGGUGUUGUGGUCGGGGUCGGAGGACCAGCGGCGCAUGGUGGGCAAGUGCUAUGUGAGGGGCAACGACCUGGAGCUGGACCCCGGUGAUGACUGGCAGACCUACCACAACGAGAUGUGCAACAGCAACACCGACUACCUGGAGACCGGCAUGUGCCAGCUGGGUGCCAGCGGCGGCUUCACCCAAAACACCGUGUACUUUGGCGCUCCUGGUGCCUACAACUGGAAAGGAAACAGCUACAUGAUUCAGCGGAAGGACUGGGAUUUAUCCGAAUAUAGUUACAAGGACCCAGGGGACCAAGGCAACCUCUACAUUGGCUACACGAUGCAGGUGGGCAGUGCCAUCCUGCACCCCACGAACACCACCAUUGUGACGGGUGCCCCUCGGCACCAACAUGUGGGCGCUGUCUUUUUGCUGAGCCAGGAGGCAGGUGGAGACCUGCGGAGGAGGCAGGUGCUGGAGGGCAGGCAGGUGGGCGCCUAUUUUGGCAGCGCCAUUGCCCUGGCAGACCUGAACAAUGAUGGGUGGCAGGACCUCCUGGUGGGUGCCCCCUAUUACUUUGAGAGGAAAGAGGAGGUAGGGGGUGCCAUUUAUGUCUUCAUGAACCAGGCAGGCACUUCCUUCCCGGCCCACCCCUCCCUCCUUCUUCACGGCCCCAGUCGCUCUGCCUUUGGCUUCUCCGUGGCAAGCAUCGGUGACAUCAACCAGGAUGGAUUCCAGGACGUUGCUGUGGGAGCCCCUUUUGAGGGCUUGGGCAAAGUGUACAUCUACCACGGCAGCUCCAGGGGGCUCCUCAGACAGCCCCAGCAGGUAAUACACGGAGAGAAGCUGGGACUGCCUGGCUUGGCCACCUUUGGCUACUCCCUGAGUGGGCAGAUGGAUGUGGAUGAGAACUUCUACCCAGACCUGCUGGUGGGGAGCCUGUCAGACCACAUCGUGCUGCUGCGGGCCCGGCCUGUCAUCAACAUCCUCCACAGGACCUUGGUGGCCAGGCCACCUGUACUGGACCCUGCACUCUGCACAGCCGCCUCCUGUGUGCAGGUAGAGCUGUGCUUUGCUUACAACCAGAGUGCCGGGGACCCCAACUACAGGCGGAACAUCACCCUGGCCUACACUCUGGAGGCCGAUCGGGACCGCCGCCCACCCCGGCUCCGCUUUGCACGCAGUCAGUCAGCUAUCUUCCAUGGCUUCUUCUCCAUGCCCGAGAUGCGCUGCCAGACGCUGGAGCUGCUCCUGAUGGACAACGUCCGUGACAAACUCCGACCCAUCAUCAUCUCCAUGAACUACUCUUUACCUUUGCGGAUGCCUGAGCGCCCCCGACUGGGGCUUCGGUCCCUGGACGCCUACCCGGUCCUCAACCAGGCACAGGCUCUGGAGAACCACACGGAGGUCCAGUUCCAGAAGGAGUGCGGGCCGGACAACAAGUGCGACAGCAACUUGCAGAUGCGGGCGGCCUUCGUGUCUGAGCUGGGGCAGCGGCUGAGCAGGCUCCAGUACAAUAGAGACUUCCGAAAACUGCUGCUGAGUAUCUACCUGACCAACACCCCGAGCCGGGAGCGGGCUGGGGAAGACGCCCACGAGGCGCUGCUCACCCUGGCGGUGCCUCCCGCCCUGCUGCUGUCCUCAGUGCGCCCCGCUGGAGCCUGCCAAGCCAACGAGACCAUCGUUUGCGAGCUGGGGAACCCCUUCAAACGGAACGAGAAGAUGGAGCUGCUCAUCGCCUUCGAGGUCACUGGGGUGACCCUGCACACAAGGGAACUCCAGGCACAGCUGCAGCUCUCCACGUCAAGUCACCAGGAUGACCUGUCACCCAUGACCCUGACUCUGCUGGUGGACUACACGCUCCAGGCCUCGCUCAGCAUGGUGAGUCACCGGCUACAAAGCUUCUUUGGGGGGACAGUGAUGGGCGAGUCUGGCAUGAAAACUGUGGAGGAUGUGGGAAGCCCUCUCAAGUAUGAGUUCCAGGUGGGCCCAGUCGGGGAAGGGCUGGCAGCCCUUGGUACCCUGGUCCUGGGGCUGGAGUGGCCCUAUGAAGUCAGCAAUGGCAAGUGGCUGCUGUACCCCACGGAGAUCACGGUCCACGGCAAUGGGUCGUGGCACUGCCGGCCACCUGGAGACCUUGUCAACCCUCUCAACCUCACCCUCUCUGUUCCUGGGGACAGGCCGCCAUCUCCACAACGCAGGCGGCGACAGCUGGACCCCGGGGGAGGCCAGGGCCCCCUGCCUGUCACUCUGGCUGCUGCCAAAAAAGCCAAGUCUGAGAUCCAGCUGAGCUGUGGCAGUGACCACACCCGCUGUGUGUGGCUGGAGUGCCAGAUUCCUGAUGCCCCCGUCAUCACCAACGUGACAGUGCAGGCACGAGUGUGGAACAGCACCUUCAUCGAGGAUUACAAAGACUUUGACCGAGUCAGGGUAGCCAGCUGGGCCACCCUGUUCCUGCGAACCAGCGUCCCCACCAUCAACAUGGAGAACAAGACGGUGCGGUUCUCCGUGGACAUUGACUCUGACCUGGUGGAGGAGCUGCCAGCCGAGAUCGAGCUGUGGCUGGUGCUUGUGGCUGUGAGUGCCGGACUGCUGCUGCUGGGGCUGAUCAUCCUCUUGCUGUGGAAGUGCGGCUUCUUCAAGCGAGCCCGCACUCGGGCCCUGUACGAAGCUAAGAGGCAGAAGGCGGAGAUGAAGAGCCAGCCAUCAGAGACAGAGAGGCUGACGGACGACUACUGAGCGGGGCAGCCCCCGCCCCUGGUCCGCCUGGUGUGACUUCUUUAAGCGGACCCGCUAUUACCGGAUCAUGCCCAAGUACCACGGGGUGCGGAUCCGGGAGGAGGAGCGCUACCCACCUCCA